AUGGCAGCAGACAAGAUGUCGGACCACGAGGCAGACCGUGAGUAUUUUGGUUCCUUAGCUGAUAUCCCCGAAGAGUCACUUGUGCUACUCGCUUCGGAUAUCUGCAAGCGCGUCCUCGACCUACCAGGCACCAACGGGAAGCGUGUCAGGCAAAUCUUUGGGGGCAGCAACAUCGUCAACGUCAUCCAACUGGAUGAAAUUCAACUUGUCAUUCGCCUAACGCUUUGCGAUCGGAGUUCCGACGAGAAGGAGGCAGCAGCAGCAGGCGCACUCGAAUCCCAAGUUGCCACCAUGCGUUUCAUCGCGCAGAAUACAUCGAUCCCGGUCCCGCAAGUUUACGAUUUCGAUACGGACGAUGACAACGUGAUCGGGACUCCUUACAUCUGUAUGAGCUUUGUUCCGGGAACACCUGUAUCUCAGGUCUGGAUCCGGGAUUUCGACGUUGUGCUGCGAGAACAACUGCGCCUUCGAAUUCUCAAAAGUCUGGCGGGACUUAUGGCUCAACUUUCGCAGUUCACGUUUGAUAAGAUAGGGGCCUUUUCAGGUGCCGACCCCAGCUCAGCUUCGAUCUCGGAGUGUUAUGCUUGGGGUGAAGGCCCUGGUGGUCUCCCCUAUAUCGAGGCAUCUGGCCCGUUCGAUACUGCUGCCGCGUAUCUUGAGGCUAAUCACGAUCACUGGCAAGAGGGGGCGUGGGACAGAGCCGAAAGGAAAAUACUGGAAGCUGCAAUGUCGUUUUCCGCGGUACAUGACGAACCAACCGAUUUUGUGCUCUGCCAUCCUAACCUCGACUCCCACAAUGUCAUGGUGGAUCCCCAAGGUAAUAUUACUGGCCUCCUCGGUUGGGAUAUGGCCAUGACCACGCCACGGUGUCUAGGUUAUGCGGCUUAUCCAAGCUGGAUCGUCACUGACUGGGACCCGCUCAUAUACGCUUGGCCGUAUGAAGAGACUGAGGACUCUCCAGAGUCUUUAUCGUGUUAUCGCGCUUACUACAGUAACCAGUUGGGAAGAGAAAUGGACUGGGAAGGAGACUGGAGGUUCACCAAAUAUUCGCAUAUUGUAGAAGCAGUAUGGAUUGCUUUUCUAAACCGACCAAACAGAUUAAAAAUCUGUCUGAAGCUAGUACAGUUUGUUUUGCAGAAGGACAAGAAUACUGCUUUAGAUGUGCUGGGCGAAAUAGGGGAAGGCUUCUACGAGGAAGAAGAUUGGGACGAUCUGGAGACUAAAUUGCGUCGGCUCUUAAGCCAGCGCUCAAAGUUAAAGCUAGAUAUGGGAGACAUGAUUCAGGUAGCGGAGGAGUUGCUAUGA